CAGUAAUAAGCCAUUGGAGGAGGGUGUUACACUCCAUAAACCAGCACGAUCAUUAUUCCUCACAGGAUGUGGAUUUGUCUCCAUCCCGGUUGCUCUCCAGCUCUCCCAAUCUGCACACAGUGCUUGCAUCACCCUUUCAGCAGACUGAAGGAGGAGUAUGGGGGAGGGUAAGAGAGAGAGAGUAGGAGGGUUCUGGAUGUCUCUCCAGCAUCAGUGUCAACAUCACUGCCUUCGUCACCGGAAAACAAGUCCGACUGUCGCACAGCACAGCCUGGGAAAAAAGGAAGAAAUAAACCAUCAUCAGUAAGCUCUGCCUCCACCACUAGGAACAAAAAUCUCCCCCGGAAAAGAAGAGCUCUCCCAGGCAUGAUCUGAGAGGAAAGGAGGCGGCCAUUGCUCCAUCUCCUUCAUCAUGGGGAAUCAGGAGGCAAAGCAGAAGAAAGCUGCUGCAGCAUCAGGUAACGGGAGCUACCCUUCACUGACUGAAGGUUGGAGAGAGGGAGGCGGGGAUGUGUCCAAAAAAGAGGGUAAGAAAGUCCACGGUAAGCAUGGAGGUAAAGGAGCAGGCAGUGGAGGAGGGGUAGGUGUGCAUAGCACAGGACCAUGCAGAAAGAAAAACAAGCAUGAGUCCAAGUCCUCUGUUUUUUCCAUCCGGAAGAGAAAGAGCAAUUUGAAAGGGAAAGGAGACACCUGCUCAUCAGUGACGGGCUCCAAGGAAGACGUUUUAUCAUCUCAGCUUGAAGACACAGACACAAAAACCCAGAACCUGUCUGCAGAUGAGUUGGGACUGUCGGACACGGAGGCAGCUUUUCCCAACAGGAGGAAGACACAAGGUGACGGGGAUGGAGGUGGAGAAGGACAGAUGCAGGUGGUGCAGCGGAAAGCCUCGACAGCAGCGACUUCCCCCACGGAAGACGGAGGGCCAAAGGGAGGCAGCUCUGGGUCGGACACAGACAUCUACAGUUUCCAUUCUGCUGCUGACCAUGAGGAUCUGCUUGCUGAUAUCCAGCUCGCUAUCAGGCUCCAGCAUCAGCAGCAGAAUGGGGGGGUUAACCCAGUGGUGGAGGCACCAGCAGCAGGAGGAGGGAAUCUGAGCUGGGGGGCCGAAGAGGGGAGGAAAAAGCAGAGUAACGGGUUCAUGCAAGCAACUACCCCUGAGAAGCUUGAGCUAACCCCGGAAUUAGAGCUGGGAUCUGACGCCCUGUCGUUCCUGGAGACGGGAACACCAUGUGAAUCCGUCACAGGCCGGGAACCGCCCCCAGAGCCACAUCUCCCCUUCUAUAAAGAAGGGCAGGAGGAGGUGGGGCUUCUGGACAGAGAAACCUCUCUUUGUUUUGCCACAGGCACAAAAGACCAGCAUGCUUUGCUGCAGCUGCACCAGCUCACAGACAUCUCCAUGGCAACUACAGGGGGGCUAGCUGUAAGCCCCAUCACCAUGGCAACCUGUGGUAACAGCUCCCCCGAAGUUAAAUCUAAAAGUCCGGGAGAAAGUCUGUGUGGGGUUGAAACCCUGCAGAAAGAAGAUCUGAAUCCUGUGGAUGGUGCUGAUCUACCCCCCCCAGACAGUACCAGUAAAAGUCCUGAACCUACAGACUGGCUGAGCUCAGGGACGGUGUGUGAGGAUGAUAAGGGACAGUUAGGGCCUGGGAUCAAUGCCGAGUCCCGAGAGGACUGUCUGAGUGCUGGACCUGAACCCAGCUCUGCUGUCUGCACCAGUGCUUCCCCCCCAGACCAGAUUUGCAGGGUGAACAGCAUCUGCUCCACCACGCUGCCCCCCCACGAGAGCCCUAAUCUGGCCAAACAACUCCUCAGGUCUACACACUCCUCCAGCCAUGUGGUGAAACCUUAUCCACCCAUCCUCCCCUCCUACAUCAAGACCACUACCAGACAGCUGAGCUCCCCGGGACACUCCCCAGCCCUGUCUCCAUCCCAUAGCCCCCUGUCUCCACGCAGAGCCCACCAUCACCUGCACAGGACUCCGGCUGAGGGUCCUCAGGCCCACAGGCAGCGCUCUCGGAGCCUCGCUGACUCUCUGAGUCGCUCAGCUGACUGGACGGAGGAGCUGGAGAGGAGGCUGAGGAGCAGAGAGGAGGAUGGAGGAGGUUCGGGAGAAUACCUGCUGGACUCCAGAGGAGGAGGUAGUCAGCCCAUCUGUGCUACCAGAAGAUCCUCCUGUGGACAGGCCUCUCUUUGUGGGUUUCAGGAUGUCUUUUCAGGUCGAACUCUUCUAGAGAAGCUGUUCCUGCAGCAGAAGGAGCAGGAGGAGCCAGAAGAGGCGGAGAGGCUCUGCUCCAGGAUCUUGGCCAUGGGCCUCCUGCUGCCUUUUACAGACUGUUUCAGGGAGCAGUUAGGAGGCAGCACAGCUCAAAUUACCUCCACUACAGCAACCAAAUUUGAUCAUGACCAGCUGUAUACCUGGGCAGCUGUCAACCAGCCACCACACUCCCUGGAUCCUCUGGAGGGGAAACUACUCAGUCACUUGAAAGGACAGUGGUCUACAACCAGGCCUGGUGGAGAAAAUCAAACUGGACUUAAAUCCACAGAGACAGAACAACAGGCAGUCAUCCUGGAUUUAAGGGAAGAGAAGGAGGAGAGGUCAGAGCAGAAGGAAUGUGUUGUCUCCUCCACAAAACUGAAGGAGAAACAUGUUAAUGUCAUCCAGCAGCUGGAACAAACCAUAGAAGACCUCAGGACUAAGAUCGCCGAGCUGGAGCGACAUUCCCCCCUGCUGGAUGGUCUGAAGCCCACCACCUGCACUAUAGACCGGGAGUGUGGAGGAGAUGAGGAGCUGCUGAGGGCGCUGUGUGAUGCUCAUUUGCAGACUGAAGCAGCAUCCUCUCUAGGUUGCUGGGAGGCCAAGUCGGUGCAGACAUCCCCCAUGGAGAGCAGCUUUAAGUUCAAAGUGCCUUGCAGUGACCCGGGAGGGGUUCUGCAGCCCCUACCAAGGCAGGAGGGCUUCCAAUGUUCCUGUAAGCUGCAGCCUCCUCCUCCUCCACCGCUUCCAGGAGGAGCUGCAUCUCGUCAUUUAGGGCAUACUACAGUACCUCCUCCUCCUCCUCUCCCUCCUCCUCUUCCUUUACCUGGUGCCUCAGUGCCGACUUCUCCACCACCACUACCUCCUCCACCACCUCUUCCACCACCUGGUUCAACAGCUCCUCCUCCACUACCUGGUUGUUUGGUGCCACCGCCACCACCGUCUUUUCUUCCCGAUGGCAUUGCUCCUCCACCUCCACCUCCUCCACCUCCUCCUCCUCCACUACCUGGUGGUUUGGCUCCACCUCCACCACCAUCUCCUCUUCCCGAUGGCAUUGCUCCUCCACCCCCUCCUCCUCCUCCUCCUCCACUACCUGGUGGUUUGGCUCCACCUCCUCCUCCUCCUCCUCCUCCUCCUCCUCCAGGCUGUGGGCCUCCUCCUCCACAAGGAGCAUUUUGUGUUUCUCCUCCUCUUCCAGGAGCACUGGGUUGUCUGCCUCCUCCUCUUCCACUGGGUCUCUAUGCUCUGAGUCUAAGUCAUGAGAAACCCCCCAGGAAAGCUGUGGUGGAGCCUCCCAGACCCAUGAAGCCCCUCUACUGGACCAGGAUCCAGCUGCACAGCAAAAAGGAGUCCUCAUCGCUGGUGUGGGAGACUAUUGAGGAGCCCGACGUGGACUUUAAUGAGUUUGUGGAGUUAUUCUCUAAAACAGCUGUGAAGGAGAAGAAGCAACCACUCUCUGACACCAUAACCAAGUCCAAGGCUAAACAGGUUGCAAAGCUCCUGAACAACAAGCGUUCUCAGGCUGUAGGAAUCCUCAUGUCCUCGCUGCACCUCGACAUGAAAGACAUCCAGCAUGCCGUCUUGAACCUGGACAACACUGUGGUGGACCUGGAGACCCUUCAGGCGCUGUAUGAAAAUAGGGCCCAACAGGAGGAGCUGGACAAGAUUGAAAAGCACAUGAAGACUUCUAAGGACAAAGAGAAUGCCAAACCUCUGGACAAACCUGAACAGUUUCUCUACCAGCUCUCCCUGAUCCCAAACUUUUCUGGAAGAGUCUUCUGCGCCCUGUUUCAGUCCAGCUUCUCUGAGUGUGUGUCAUCUAUCACCAGGAAACUAGACACACUGCAGAGGGUGUCCAAGGCCUUGCAGGACUCUGUGACAGUGAAGGAGAUUCUAGGUCUGGUCCUCGCAUUUGGGAAUUUCAUGAAUGGUGGAAAUCGAACCAGAGGUCAAGCGGAUGGCUUCACCCUUGACAUUCUACCCAAACUCAAAGAUGUCAAGAGCAGUGACAGUGUAAAAAGCCUUCUGUCUUACAUCGUUGCCUACUACCUCAAAAACUUUGAUGAGGAUGCUGGUAAAGAGACGAGUGUAUAUCCUCUCCCUGAGCCUCAUGACCUGUUCCAGGCUUCACAGAUGAAGUUUGAAGAUUUUCAGAAGGAUCUGACUCGACUCCGGAAGGAUCUGAGAGCGUGCACAUCAGAAGUGGAAAAGGUGUGCAAAGUCUCAGAUGAGGACAACUUGCAGCCUUUCAAAGACAAGAUGGAGGACUUCCUUGCGCAUGCCAAGAGUGAGCUGGAGACCCUGGAUGCCGACCUCAGCAGCACUCACAAACUGUUCUCCGAGCUCACGCUGUUCUUUUCAGUGAAGCCCAAAGCCGGAGAGAAGGAGGUUUCACUAAACACCUUCUUUUCUAUAUGGCACGAGUUCUCCUCUGAUUUCAAGGAUCAGUGGAAAAAAGAGAACAAAGCUAUUCUUAAGGAGAGGUUGAAGGCAGCAGAGGAGUCUUUCCGUCAGGCCAAAGAGAAAGCUUCCUACAGUGUCAAACCCAAACACGCUUCUGGCAUCAAAGCCAAGCUCGGCAUGAAGAUGUAACUCAGUGGACUCGGCAAGUUUGUUUGCCUAAAUCUGGUCACCAGCAAUGAUCCGAAGACGGGAAAGGUCAGAGGUCAAGGACCACCAACCUGAGAAGGACCUGAAUGUGAGGCUGAGCCACUCUGGACGCUACAUCAUUCUUUUCUUGGUUUGCUUUGAUCACAUUCAACUGUUGCCUUACACAAUGUUUGAAUCUAAUACAGUCAUGGUCCUGCUCAGCACAGUAACACUUCUGAUAUCCACAUCCAGCCAGCCUGGACGUCGGCUCUGCCGGGAUUAAUAUUAUCAUGAUACAGUCUAAUGAAACAUGGAAAAGGACGUGUGCAGCGUGAGGAGCAAUAAAGCUGUUAAACAGCUGAAAUGAAAGUGGAUUUUCUGGGACAUUCAGUAGCACAACUGCUUCAGGUUUUGCACAUUUUCUGUUGCUGUAGAAGUAAUUCCUCAACAAUGAAGGUUUUCUCUUUCCUGGGCAUCAUAUUUACAUUCAGUCCUUUAGCUUACACUCCAAAGUGACUUACAACAGGGGGCAGCUUUCAAGCUCCAGCACAGUCCAGGGCAGAAGUGUUGGGUUGUUAGAAGAAGAGAUGAGCCUUCAGAAGAGUGUUGAAGGCUUGUUCCACCAUCAUGUGCAUGAAAGCUACAUGGAUUGCAGAUGUAAGUGCAGAUAUUUAGGAGACAGUUUGGUCCAGAUUUGACCAUUUCAGUUGUUGCUGGAAAAAAUCCUCCCAUGGCUGAAAAUGAGGGAAGGUGGUGGU